UUGCAUAGACCUAUCAUGGAUAAUCAAUUCCACUUGCUGCCAUUGACCUUCACCUUCAUAGUGUUCAUUUUUAUGGUGUUUAAGCUACGUAUGAGACCCGAAAUAAAGGACUCACCGGAAAAAAUACCUCCUGCACCAUGGAAACUACCUCUUAUAGGGCACUUGCACCAUUUACUUUUCUCUCUUCCCCAUCACCGCUUGACGGAAUUAGCCAAUAAGCAUGGUCCCGUGAUGCGCCUUCAACUCGGUGAAUUAUCACUCGUUGUUGUUUCUUCUCCAGAUGCUGCGAAAGAAGUGUUGAAAACACAUGAUAUCAAUUUUGCCAACAGGACCCCUCUCCUCUGUGGAGAAAUCAUAUGGUAUAAUUGUACAGAUAUUGUUUUUGCACCAUAUGGAGGCUAUUGGAGGCAGCUUCGAAAAGUUUGUACCAUGGAGCUGCUAACUACCAAACGUGUACAAUCAUUUCGAUCCAUCAGAGAAGAGCAGGUAUCAAUUUUAAUUCGAUCCAUCUUUUCCAAUACGGGAUCGAAAAUAAACAUCGGAGAAAUGUUAUGCAACUUAUCAUACAACAUCACUUCAAGGGCUUCUAUCGGCGGAAGGUGCAAGCAACAUGAAGCUUUCAUUUCAACCGUGAGGGAAGUUCUGGAUGCGGUACCUGUUUUUAGUAUUUCUGAUCUGUUUCCUUCUGUCAAGUUGCUUCCAAUAAUCCUUGGCAUGAGAGCCAAACUUGAGAGGCUUCACCAUGAGUUAGACGCGAUGCUUGAAAGCAUCAUUGAAGAACAUAGAGUUAGCAAUGCAAAUCCGAGUACCGGUGAUGAUGCAACGGAGGAUCUACUAGAUGUUCUUUUCAAUCUUCAGGAUCAUGGAGGUCUUGAAUUUCCCUUAACAACUGACAACAUCAAAGCUGUUCUCCUGGACAUUCUCAUGGGUGGAACUGAGACAUCUUCUUCAACAGUUGAAUGGGCAAUGUCCGAAAUGAUGAAAAAUCCUAGAACCAUGGAGAAAGCACAAGCCGAGGUGAGGCGAGUAUACAAUAGAACAGGCAAUGUCAAUGAAUCGGACCUUCAUGAAUUGAAAUACUUGAAGUUAGUUAUCAAGGAAACACUAAGAUUACACCCUCCUGUAUCUUUGCUAAUUCCAAGAGAAAAUACUGAGAGAUGUGAGAUUAAUGGAUAUGAGAUACCAGCCAAGACCAAAGUGGUUGUUAAUGUAUGGGCAAUUGGAAGAGAUCCCAACAACUGGAAUGAAGCCGACAAGUUCAAACCGGAGAGAUUCAUCAAUAGUGUAGUCGACUAUAAAGGGUCUAACUUCGAAUAUAUUCCCUUUAGUGCUGGAAGGAGGAUAUGUCCUGGCAUGUCAUAUGGAAUGGCUGUUGUUGAGCUUUCCCUUGCACAAUUACUUUAUAAUUUUGAUUGGAAGCUCCCUAAUGGGAUGAAAACCCAGGAUUUGGAUAUGGCUGAGGUGUUUGGUCUUACUGUUAGAAAGAAAAGAGAGCUGCAUUUGAUUCCAAUUCCAUACCACCCAUCACCAUGUGUUCAAUAGUUAGAAAUAUAUCACAGAUGAUCUCGUUGUAAUGCUGGUGAGAGGAUUUUCAGAUCACCUUUGUAUCUAAAUAAUGCUCCAUUGUAGCAGGGUUGUAGCAUGCUUAAAAGAAUAAUUAAGUGUAAUGUUAUUCACACUC